AUGGCUAAAAUUUUCGUCAAAGAAUGGGAUAUGGUUAAGACACUCAAUGAAUUUAGAAUCCAAGUAGAAUCUCAAGAUACAAAGGUAUACCUUGGUGCACAAAAGGUGAUGCCUAAGUUGAUAAGUGAGAUCAUGGAGGCCCAGAAGCACGAUCAAGAAGAAGCCUAUAUCAAGGGACGUCUGGAAUCAGGAGAACCAAUGCUCGAUUGGGUGAUUCACCCCAAUGGGAGUUUAAGGUAUCAAGGCUCUACAUUGGGGAAAUCAUUCGAUUACAUAGAAUUCUGGUAUCUAUUAUGUCAGAUCGUGAUCCACGAUUCACCUCCCGAUUUUAGGAAAGUCUACAAGAAGCUCUGGAAGUACAUUGCCAAUCCAUCACAUGUCAUCAACCGGGAAGAAAUCAGUCUCAACAAGGAUGUUAUCUUUGAAGAAGGACCUGUAGCAAUACAAGAUAGUCGAGAGAAGAAUCUUAGGGGCAAGACGGUUCAUCUAGUAAAGGUGCUUUGGCGACAUCGUGGAAUUGAAGAAUCAACUUGGGAACGUGAAGAAGCGAUGCGGACAAACUAUCCCCAACUUUUUUAG